AUGAACGCCGCAUCCGAAGGCGACGCCGCCCUCGCCAAGUCCGACUUUGUAACCGCCCUCCAGCACUACACACGAGCCCUCGUCGAGCUCCCCCGUGCACCAAUCUACUAUAUCAAACGCUCCACCGCAUACAACCGCCUCAAGCCUGCCGACGGCGGCCCAAACUACCGCGCUUCCCUAUCUGACGCCGAGAUCGCGUUGACUCUUGCGCGGGAGCGUGCGAAGCGCGACCUUAUCCUUUCCGCGCAAUUGAGGAGGGCUGUGGCGUUGUACCAACUGGGGCGGUACGGUGAUGCGGGGUUCUUGUUUGGGUUGCUCGAGGAGAAGGUUAUUAAGAGUGCGGAAAAUGAAAAUGAUGCGGCGGCAGACAAAGUGAAGGAUGUGAUGGGCGGGGCGAAGUCGUCGGGGCGUGCGAAAAGUCUUUCUAUGGAGUUGCCGAUUUGGCUGGUUAAGACCAAGGGCAAGCUUGCGGGGCUGGAGGAGGGGGACGAGAAGGCAAAGGUCACAAUUGAGGAGUUUCCCGUCGGUGUCAAGGUGCCGACGGAGAAGGAGUUGAAGAAACAGCUCGAGGCGCUCAAGGCUGGGAAGGCUACUGGCGAUGAGAAGGGACAGGGUGCUGCUGCUGCUGGUGGUGCGGGGAACAAGGCUGAAGCAAUUGCCGAGGCGGAUAAGGGUGAUAAAGCCCCUCCUUCUGCCCCUGCUGUGCAGGCGCCAGAGAAGAUCCGACACGAGUGGUAUCAGUCGAAUGACUCUGUUGUCGUGACACUCUAUGCUAAAGGCAUAGCCAAAGACAGCGUGGACGCUGAGAUUAAGAGUGACUCGGUAUCCGUACAGUUCCCCUUACCAUCAGGAUCAGGAUACGACUUCACCCUCGACCCCCUCUACGCCGCCAUCGACGAAUCCACUUCCAAAAUCACCACAUUCGGAACAAAGAUCGAACUCGUUUUGAAGAAGAAAACCCCCGGUCAGAAAUGGGGCUCUCUAGAAUCCUCAUCACAAAGCAUCAAUACUUCCACUACCACAUCAACCACCACUGCCCCCGCCCCCGCCCCCACCGCUCAAUCAGCCCCCUCCUACCCAACAUCCUCCCGCCACGGCGCCAAAGACUGGGACAAACUCGCCUCGUCACUCACAGCCAAGAAACCUAAAACCAAGAAAGCCAAAGCUCGCUCUCACUCACACGAUCACGGCCACGACCAUGGCCAUGACCAUGACCACAAAGAUGAAAAGGCCGAGGCCGCGGAUGAUUCCGACAACGAGGGUUCCGUUGACUCGGACUUUGGCGGCGACCCCGUCGACGGCUUCUUCAAGAAACUCUACGCCGGCGCAGAUGAUGACACUCGGCGCGCUAUGAUCAAGAGUUUCACCGAGAGUAAUGGUACCUCGCUCAGUACGAACUGGGGUGAGGUUGGAAAGGGCAAAGUGCAGGAAUAUCAGUCCAGCAGUGACUGA